AUGUUUUUAGGUCAGAAUAAUGAGCUGCAGGAGAGGUCUCCAAGUGAUGAUUCCCAGCAAGGGUACCAGUCGCCAAAUGCUGUAACAUCCAAUACUGACAGACAGCUCAGGCUGAGGCAGAAUGAUAAGCUGCAGUUGAGGUCGCCCAUUAAACAUUGCCAGCAAUGGUACCAUAUCAACACACAGCUCAAUUGGCCAAAUGAUGAAAUGGUGAGGUCGUCCAGUGGUGAUGAAUGUGAUGAUGGUCAGCUAGGGUACCAGUCGUUGGUAGUUCUACAACCCCACCCCGACAUACAUCAAAGUGGUAAGAACUAG